AUGUUUGAGCAGGAUGACCUGGUGUAUGAAGUUCAUGAGAUUGUAGUGCAGAAAGUUGGCCAUGUGCCUGUGGCCAAGGGGGACUUCAAUCACUUGCCAAAGAAAGUGAAGACAUUUGUAGCUCACUGCGUUCAGCUGUGUCAGCCGCGGGGCAUUUUCAUUUGUGAUGGCAGCCAGGAGGAGGCUGAGGAGAUCAUCCACAAACUCUUGGAAAGAGGCACUCUGACCAGACUGACCAAAUAUAAGAACAACUACUUGUGCCGCACUGACCCAGCUGAUGUCGCUCGUGUGGAAUCAAAGACGUUCAUCGUCACAAAGAACAAGUAUGAUUCUGUGCCACAUGUACGCGAGGGUGUCACAGGAAUUCUGGGCGCCUGGAUGAGUCCUGAGGACACCAAGGUGGAGUUGGAUCAUCGUUUCCCAGGAUGUAUGGCAGGACGUAUGAUGUACAUCAUUCCAUUCAGCAUGGGUCCGGUUGGCUCCCCUCUAAGCAAGAUUGGUGUGCAGGUCACAGACUCCAACUAUGUGCUGCUGUGCAUGCGUACCAUGACCCGUGUCGGGCCUAAAGUGUGGGAGGUUCUGGGUGAUGGGAGCUUUGUCAAGUGUGUCCACUCUCUGGGAUGUCCAAGACCAGUGCAAAGGCGUGUGAUUAACCACUGGCCCUGUAAUCCAGAGAAAGUCAUGAUCACUCACUUCCCAGAGGAGAGGAAAAUCAAAUCCUUUGGCAGUGGUUAUGGUGGCAACUCUCUCUUGGGCAAGAAGUGCUUUGCCUUGAGGAUUGCUAGUGUCAUUGCUAGAGAUGAGGGAUGGAUGGCCGAGCACAUGUUGAUCAUGAGUGUCACUACCCCAGAAGGCAAAGAGCACUUCCUGGCAGCUGCCUUCCCUAGUGCCUGUGGUAAGACAAACUUGGCAAUGUUGAACCCUAGCCUUCCAGGCUUCAAGAUCCAGUGUGUGGGAGAUGACAUUGCUUGGAUGCGGUUCGAUGACAAGGGUGUUUUGCGUGGCAUUAACCCAGAGGCGGGCUUUUUCGGUGUAGCUCCAGGAACCAACAUGAAGACAAACCCCAAUGCCAUGCUGUCUUUCCAGUGCAACAGCAUUUUUACCAAUGUGGCUGAGACAGCUGACGGAGGCUACUUCUGGGAGGGACUUGAGGAUGAAAUACCAAAGGGUAUUGGCAUUAUUGACUGGCUGGGCAACCCAUGGCACCCAGGCUGCCCAAGGAAAGCUGCUCACCCAAACUCCCGUUUCACAGCGCCUGCAUCUCAGUGUCCCAUCAUACAUCCCAAAUGGGAAGAUCCUGAGGGAGUUCCAAUUAGUGCUAUCAUAUUUGGUGGCCGUCGUCCUGUUGGUGUGCCUCUGGUGUUUGAAGCCAAGAGCUGGGCCCAUGGUGUCAUGACUGGAGCUUGUGUCAAGUCAGAGGCAACUGCAGCUGCUGAACACCAGGGCAAGAACAUCAUGCAUGACCCAAUGGCAAUGAGACCAUUUAUGGGCUACAAUUUUGGACACUAUCUGCAACAUUGGCUGGAUUUGGAGAAGCCAACACGCAAAAUGCCCAAAAUUUUCCACGUCAACUGGUUCAGAGUUGAUCAGAAGGGCAAGUUUUUAUGGCCAGGCUACGGUGAGAACAUCAGAGUCCUUGACUGGAUUAUCAGAAGGUGUGAGGGAGACAGUUCCAUUGCUGAGGAAACACCAAUUGGCUACCUGCCCAAAAAAGGAACCAUUGAUCUGAGCGGUUUGGAUUCAAUUAAUGAGGAGGAGCUCUUCAGUCUUCCAAAACACUACUGGCUUGAUGACACCAGAGAGAGCAAGCGGUUCCUUGAGGAUCAGGUCGGAAUUGACACUCCUCCACAAAUCAUAAAACUGUUGAACGAGCAAGAAGAGGCUUUCAGCAAAUAUGCAUAG